AUGUCUGACAAUUUCCUGUCGUCGUUCCUGGGUGCGCUUCAAGCCAGUCUUUCGGUGCUGCUGGUGAUCUUCUACGGCGUGAUUGCCAGUCAGUACAAGCUACUGGAUGGGCCUUCGGCGAAGAAGAUCUCUGCUGCUUGUGUGCGCUUGUUUCUGCCUGCGCUGCUCAUCACGAGAGUCGGGAGUGAGUUGCAGGCUGGAACGGGGACGCGCUAUAUUCCGAUUCUGAUCUGGGCAAUCCUGUACUCUCAGGUCUCCAUCGGGAUCGGGUUGCUCGCCGUUAAAUUUUGGAAAUUCCCGGCGUGGGUAACUCCCGCCGUCGCGUUCAAUAACACGACCAGUCUGCCGCUGCUGCUGAUUGAAUCGCUCAGUUCGACGGGAAUCCUGGAUCGCCUUCUGCUGGAUGGAGAUUCUACUGAAGAGGCCAUCAACCGCGCGCAGUCGUACUUUUUGGUUUGUGCCAUUGUGGGAAAUUGCUUCACUUUCGCCAUUGGCCCUCGCUUGAUAGAUUCAGAGAAUGCUCCAGGCAACGACAAGGACAGCGACGACGGCAGUGACGCUAAUGAUAGGAACCAAGACGGGGAUGAUGCAGAACGAGGCUCGAUCAACGACGACGAGCUCACCUCGCUCCUGCCACAUCGAGUACGCAAGGCCGGAGGGGCGACGCACAAGCGGAUAUUCUUCAUCGGCAAUCAAAAGUGGGAAAAAUUGAGUCCUCGCACACAGGAUGUCCUCGUCUUCCUCUUUGACUUUCUCAAUGCGCCGCUCCUGGGCGCAGUUCUUGGUGCGAUCAUUGGGUUGACACCGCCGCUCCAUCGGGCUUUCUUCAACGAUUCUAACGAUGGUGGGUUCCUCAACGCCUGGCUCACGUCGUCUUUGAAGAAGAUCGGCGAGCUAUUCGUCACCUUGCAGGUCGUCGUCGUCGGAGUGUCGCUGUCGUCAUCGCUGCGCAAAAUGAAGCGUGGCGAGGACAAUGGUCUCCCGCUGCUCCCGACAGCUCUCGUGCUGCUGGUCAGACUCGUCCUCUGGCCUGUCAUCUCUAUCGCUGUGGUUUGGUUGCUUGCCACGAAGACAAACACUCUUCAACAGGAUCCCAUUCUUUGGUUCACCAUGAUGUUGAUGCCGACAGGGCCACCGGCGAUGAAGUUGAUUGCCAUGGCGGAGGUUAACGGAGCUGGUGAGGACGACAAGAUGGUCAUCUCAAAGGUCUUGACUCUUGCGUAUGCUUGUUCGCCGCUUCUAGCUUUGACCGUUGUCGGUAGCUUGUACUCAAGUGAGGCUGCAAUUAGGCUGUAA